AUCAGCUGUUAGCCGGUUAUCAGUUCGUCCUAUUAGAUACGUGGAUUUGUUGGAAAUAUUCAAGUACUGAUCUUAUCCAUUGUUAACAUUUUAACAAUUUCACCUGAUUUCAACAUUUUACGUUUAAUUACAUCAGUAUUGUAUAAUCAAAAUAUACCUUGUGUAAAAUGACGACAGCGAAUUUACAAAGAGAUGAACUUUUAUUACUUUUUGAUGUUGAUGGUACAUUGACCUAUCCUCGCACCAAUAUACAACCGGAAUUUGAAGGAUUCCUCUACUCAAAGGUGAAACCGCGAGCUAACAUUGCAACUGUGGGCGGUUCUGAUUUGGAAAAAAUGUUUGAACAAUUAAAUGGUAAAAAAAUACUUGAGGAAUUUGAUUUCCUCUUCCCAGAAAAUGGUUUGGUGCAAAUUGAUCAUGGGAAGGAAGCUGGAAAACAAAAUAUAAUUCAACACCUUGGCGAACCAACUUUGAAACGGUUUAUUAAUUUCGUACUUCAUUAUUUGUCUGAGUUGGAUUUGCCAAUUAAGCGUGGCACCUUCAUAGAGUUUAGAAACGGUAUGCUGAAUAUUUGUCCAAUGGGUAGACAAUGUACGCGUUCGGAACGUAAUAUGUUCGUUGAAUAUGAAAAGAAACAUAAUGUUCGUGAAGAUAUGAUUAAAAUACUUCAAAAAGAAUUUGCUGAUGUCGAUCUACAGUACAGUAUUGGUGGCCAAAUUAGUUUUGACGUAUUUCCCAAAGGUUGGGAUAAAACUUAUGCUUUGCGUUAUAUUGAGGCCAAUUACAAGUUUAAAGAAAUACAUUUCUUCGGUGAUAAGACCGAACCUGGUGGUAAUGAUUAUGAAAUUUUCAUUGAUCCACGUGUGAUAUCGCAUAAAGUAGCCACGCCUGAGGACACGCGUCGUAUACUUACAGAAUUGCUGCAAAUAUCCAAUUCCUAAAUAACAUUUUAUGUUUUUUGUUGCUUGCAUUUUCUAAUAUUUUAUAUAAUUCCAGUAAUAAAUAUAAAGCAAAGUAUUUUUUAAAAGACUUACAAA